AUGCAGGACAUGGAACAAGUGUCCCCUGUCCUCAAUCUGUCAUCAGCAUCCACCCAAACCAACAUGAACGCUUCGUCUCACUGCGAUCAGGAUCAGCUGGACUCUUCAGCCAGCCUUUUCUUCAUCGUGGUCUACGGUCUGGUGUUUCUGGUGGGUUUGCUCCUGAACGGGUUCACGCUGAAGUUUUACUUCUGCAGCGCUCAGCAGCAGGCAUCCAGCAGCGUGACCAUCUACCUGAAGAACCUGGCAGCUGCAGACUUCCUGAUCAGCCUCUGCCUCCCCAUCAGGAUCAGCCACUUCACCAGCAGAUCCGUCACCAUAUUCAGGGUCUACUGCAACUUUGGGGCCUCGGUGUUCUACCUGAACAUGUACGCCAGCAUCCUGUUCAUGGGUUACAUCGCAGCUAACAGGUAUCUGAAGAUCGUCCAUCCUCUAGGAACUCACAUCCUGCAGACGGUACGAGCUGCCCACAUCAUCUCUGUGCUAACCUGGGUGGUCCUCCUGGCUAUGACAACCUCCUACGCCACUGUUUCUGUUCUCACCCAGGGAUCACUGCAGUCUGACGCCAACACACUGACCUGUGACGACCUUCACAGCAAACAGCUCAGCCUUUUUUAUAAAGUCAUCCACAUCUUCUCUGCCGCCAUCUUCGUCGUCGUCCUUGGCUCCCUCGUCUUCUUCUACUACAGCACCUCCCGCAGGCUGUCAGAAGCUCAGCAGAGGCAGCCAGCGUCCUCCAGCUCUAAGAAGCUUGCCAAAUCCCGCAGGAACAUGUUGGUGCUGGUCAGUGUCUUCUGUGUCUGCUUCGUCCCGUACCACCUGGUCCGCCUACCAUACGCGUUUCUGAAGAGGAAGUGCUUGUGGGGUCAGACCUUCUUCUACCUGAAGGAGCUGACCAUUAUGGUGUCUGUCUUUAACGUCUGCCUGGAUCCGCUCAUCUACUUCAUCUUCUGCAAAGCCUUCAGGGCCAAGCUGAGCCUGAGGAGGGUGUUCAGCACCGAUCCAGAUCCAACGCUUGGAAAGAACACCGAGAGGAGGAGCAGCGACUGGAAGAUGAGCUCCAUCGUGCUGAACAGGAAGACUUCACUCUCGACCAUGAAGCCAAGCAUGCUUUAG